AUGUCAACUGACCGUAUCACCAAUGAUGAUUUGUACACACACAUGUUGAUGCAGUGGGGACAGUUUAUUGACCAUGAUAUGGAUUUAGCACCUCAAGCAAUCAGCUAUGCCAGAUUUAGUGAUGGUCGGCGCUGCAAUGAGACGUGUGAGAACACCAACCCCUGCUUCCCUAUUGCUGUCCCUGCUUCUGAUCCCCGAAUUCAGAAUCGCGAAUGUCUGGGCUUCACCCGUAGUAGUGCCACAUGCAACACAGGUUCAACAUCACUUUUCUUCAAUACAGUGGCUCCCCGCCAGCAAGUGAACGCCCUGACAGCAUUCAUAGAUGCUAGUAAUGUGUAUGGCAACAGUGACAGGAUGGCUAGCAACUUGAGGAAUUUGGCCAGUAACCGAGGCUUGCUCAGAGAAGGUCCUGCUAGUGUGGGAAAUAAGAGACUGCUCCCAUUUGAUGACGAUACUUUAGAACAUAUCGACUGCCAGAUUGAGCCAAGCAAACAGCAUGUUCCUUGUUUCCGUGCUGGGGAUCCCAGAGCUAAUGAGCAGCUGGCUCUAACAGCCAUGCACACACUGUGGAUGAGAAGGCAUAACCACAUCGCUUCAGUUCUCAACAGAAUUAACCCCCACUGGGAUGGGAAUAAGAUAUAUCAUGAGGGAAGGAAAAUAGUUGGCGCUUUGAUGCAGCACAUUACAUACACCCACUGGCUUCCUAAGAUUAUCGGUCCCAAAGGAAUGGCAAUGAUGGGAGCUUACUCUGGUUAUAAGCCUAAUGUGAAUCCUUCAGUCGCCAACGAAUUUGCUGUGGCAGCUCUGCGGUUUGGCCACACUCUUGUCCAGCCGGUGAUAUUCCGCCUGAAUGAGUCUUUCCAUGAGGUGGAAGAGGGACACUUGCCACUCCACCAGGCUUUCUUCUCUCCUUACCGACUCUUGGAGGAGGGAGGCAUUGAUCCUCUUCUCAGAGGAAUGUUUGGGAGGGCAGCCAAAAAACGCAUGCCAGGCGAGUUCUUUAACUCUGAGCUCACGGAGAAACUCUUCAAGUUAGCGAAUGCUAUUGGUCAAGAUCUAGCCUCUCUGAACAUACAAAGAGGGCGAGACCAUGGUAUUCAGUUCUACAAUGAUUACAGGGAGCAUUGUGGCUUGUCUAGAGCGACUACAUUUGAAGAUCUGAGUGCAGAGAUACAACACAGAGAUACCCGAGAUAAACUACAGGCUCUCUAUGGACAUCCAGAUAAUAUUGACCUUUUCAUUGGAGGGCUCAUGAAACCCUUGUGGAAGGUGCCAAGGUCGGACCAACAUUUUUGUGCAUUAUAGCAGACCAGUUCCCGACUGAGAGAUGGAGAUAGGUUCUGGUAUGAGAAAAGUGGCGUGUUCACUCCUGAGCAGUUGGUGUCCAUCAGCAGACGUCACUCAUCGGUGCUGUGCGAGAAUAGUGACGGCAUCACCAGAGUCCAGGCUGACGUUUUCUUGAGGGUGGACAAUGACAGCGAGUACUUGGACUGUGAGCAGAUUCCCAAACUGGAUCUGAGACAGUGGACAGAUUGCUGUGAAGACUGCAGGACACGGGCAACUCUUGCAUCCUUUGCUGCUCGCAUCAGAGGCAGGAGGUCCACAGAAUAUAGCUACCCACAUGAAAGACCUGUUGAAUAUCAGGCGCAGAGAAAUGAAUCCCUCCCA